UACCAAUACACUCGCACCAAACAAGAAUGCUUGUCAACAUGGCACACAAUAUAUAGCAGUUAGCAGACAUUAGAUGCAGGAUACAAUGUAAAGCACGAAGCACGCCCUUAAAACGUAAUAAAUUAACUACAACCAACUUGAAACUAAAUACGGCGAGUGUGUGUGAAACUCGCUGCAAUGAAAUAUACUUUCCAUUGCACACUCAGCUACAAAAAAAGUUGCGCUCAACUGAGAGAAAGCGCUUGGAGCGAGCUUGCUUCGUGGCUCUUUUGCAGCAUCCAACAGCUUCCACUUUCGUUUGUGCUGGAAUUUCUUUGUUUUUUUGUGCGAGCGAAGCGACAAAUCAGAUGCGGCAUUGUGGCACGCUUACAAUAUUUUAGCGGCAAUGGCAGCGACGCUACAAAAACAAUACUCAGCGCUUCAGUACGGUUUUUGAUAUUUUUGCGCAAGGAACUGUGAUGUUACGGCGCGUCUCCAGUGCACGAAAGUAGUUGCAAUAGCCAGUGCAAAGAGAAAUGUGAAAAAAUGUGUUGAAAAUAAAAGUCAAUUAAUAUCUAACGGUAUUACACGAAAAAUGCUUUAUAAUUUGGAACAAAGUUAAUUCAAGUUUUCAAAAUAAAAUAAACAACUUCAAAGUAUUUACUAAAAAAUUUAAAUAUUUCUCCAAAAACGUGUUGUCCAAAAAUGAGAGCAAAAUAUUGGUGAACCAAAAAAAAAAAACGAAAGUAUAUUUUUAGGCGCGUUGCGGCCGCCAUCAGCAACUAUCAAGUCAAUGACACAGGCCAAAAUCACAAAAAAAACACAGAACAAAUAACAUAAUGACACAUAUAACGGACGCUACAAGCACUCAACAAAACAACAACAAAUUCGGCAACAAAACGUGCGCAUCACAACAAUAGCAACAACAUUUCAUACCGCUCACACCAAGUACGCCCAGUCCUGCGCUUCCCACUUGACACGAAGCACACGCUCUCUCAGCGCGAUAAACUCUCAGCAACAGCUUACCGCUGUCAUUUCACGAGGAGCGAGUGUUAUUCCAGCUGUUCAAUUUGCUGACGUUUCUACACCCAGCUUGUAUCAAAAGAGACUCUUAGUACUUGCUUUUAGUACUAAAUCGCUUAGACGUCACAGCAAAGUGUACUAAAAGCAAAAGGCAAAAACAAAAGCUACAUCAACGCAGCAAAAUAAAUAAAAAGUAAAAAUCGUAAGAAAACAAAUAAGCGACGACAAGCAUAAGGUGGGUGCAGUAAAAAUAGACGGUAACCACCACCACAAGCGGCUCCGUUGCAAAUCUAAUAUGCCUGUGCUCGCAGCAACUAUGUCAUAUGCGUCCGUAAAUAUGCAUUGAAUUUUGUCUUUAUCAAUCUAGCGUUGCAUACUUUUAAGCGCGCACACGAUUUUUUUCAACCUUAUUAAGAUAUGCAAAUAACGGUGCUUAAACUAAGCAAGUUGUAGAAAAUGUCAUCGCUACGCAAUUUAGCCACUUAUUGGCUAAAUUGCAAAUUUAUUUGCCUUUUAAUUGUGUUGCUAUUGCUCUGCGAAAGCGUUGUCCAAGUGCACGCGAAUCCCGACGCCAAACGGCUCUACGAUGAUCUGCUCAGCAAUUACAAUCGGCUCAUACGACCUGUUAGCAAUAAUACGGACACGGUUUUGGUAAAACUCGGCCUGCGCUUAUCACAGCUGAUCGAUUUGAAUUUGAAAGAUCAAAUCUUAACGACAAACGUUUGGCUCGAACACGAAUGGCAGGAUCACAAAUUCAAAUGGGAUCCCUCGGAAUAUGGUGGCGUUACGGAGUUGUAUGUACCGUCGGAGCAUAUUUGGCUGCCCGAUAUAGUGCUCUAUAAUAACGCUGAUGGUGAAUACGUCGUCACCACCAUGACGAAAGCUAUUCUCCAUUACACCGGCAAGGUCGUUUGGACUCCGCCGGCUAUUUUCAAAUCGUCCUGUGAAAUCGAUGUACGAUAUUUCCCGUUCGAUCAGCAGACAUGCUUCAUGAAAUUCGGUUCGUGGACCUAUGAUGGUGAUCAGAUCGAUUUAAAGCACAUCAAUCAGCGAAACGAUAAAGAUAACAAAGUCGAAAUUGGUAUAGAUUUGCGUGAGUACUAUCCUAGCGUGGAGUGGGAUAUUUUAGGUGUGCCAGCAGAGCGACAUGAGAAAUAUUAUCCCUGUUGUGCUGAACCAUAUCCAGAUAUUUUCUUCAACAUAACUUUGCGUCGUAAGACUCUCUUCUACACCGUUAAUCUCAUCAUACCCUGCGUCGGCAUCUCAUACUUAUCGGUACUCGUAUUUUACUUGCCCGCCGAUUCUGGUGAAAAAAUCGCGCUCUGCAUAAGCAUUCUACUCUCACAGACUAUGUUCUUCCUGCUAAUCUCCGAAAUUAUACCGUCUACUUCGCUGGCACUUCCACUGCUCGGCAAAUAUCUACUUUUCACUAUGCUGUUGGUUGGGCUAAGUGUCGUCAUCACGAUUAUCAUACUCAAUAUACAUUACCGCAAGCCGAGCACACACAAGAUGGCACCGUGGGUGCGCGCCUUCUUCAUCAAACGGCUGCCGAAAUUAUUGCUAAUGCGUGUGCCAAAGGAUUUGCUGCGCGAUUUAGCGGCAAGUAAAAUUAAUUAUGGCACCAAAUUUAGUAAGACCAAGUUCGGCAAGGCGCUUAUGGAUGAGAUGCAAAUGAACUCGGGCAGCUCCAGUCCAGAUUCGUUGCGACGCAUGCAGGGACGCAUGGGCGCUUUGGGCGUAGGCGGUUGCAAUGGACUGCAUGCGACCAGCGCAACCAAUCGCUUUAGCGGUCUGGUAGGCGCUUUGGGUGGCGGCUUAAGCACUCUCAGCGGUUACAACGGCUUGCCAUCGGUACUCUCCGGCCUAGACGAUUCACUCAGCGAUGUGGCGCAGCGCAAAAAAUAUCCAUUCGAGCUGGAAAAGGCUAUUCACAAUGUGAUGUUCAUACAGCAUCACAUGCAACGGCAGGAUGAAUUCAAUGCGGAAGAUCAAGAUUGGGGUUUCGUUGCCAUGGUAUUGGAUCGUCUCUUUCUAUGGCUCUUCAUGAUCGCAUCCUUAGUUGGUACAUUCAUGAUUCUAUGUGAGGCACCAUCACUGUAUGACGACACCAAGCCGAUCGAUGUGGAGCUGUCGGUUAUUGCCAAGCAACUUUAUAAUUUAACCGAAAAGAAGUCAUAAAUGCAGAAAGCAAAAAUAAAAAAAAAUUAAAAACCAAAAAUUUAAAAAUAUAAUAUUAAAAUGGAGCCAAAAGAUUUCAGAAAGGAAGUUGAGCUUAAUUAAACAAAUGCUUACUUAGGAAUAUAGUAAGCAAGGAGCACACAAUGUGCACGCACUGAAGGUUUUUCUCUCAAGACUUGACUCUUCCAAAAAUAAAAAAAUAUUGAUUGAAAUGAAAAUAAAAACGAACAUGGCAAUUAACAAUACAUGUUUGCCGAAUUAAAAAUACUGUUAAAUUAAAGGAA